GUAAACACACCAGAAGCCGUUGUUUGCUCUGAAGGCGUGCCAUACAGCAAUGAUUCAAUAAUUGAUUUAAAAAAAACAGUUCUUGUUAGAUGAGUGAAUAUACAGUAAUUCCUCUCAGUCCUCAGGAACAGACGUUUCACAAACUUAGGAAGACUCAUCUAACAUCACUGAGCUUUAGUUAGCAGGAAAGGACUUUAUCUGCUUCACCAACCUUUUAGCCCUGCUCUGUAGUUCGUGGUCGUUUUUGGAAGCUGAUAGAUUUAAUCUCCUGACUGUGAACGAUGCAUUUGGAUACAAUAGCAAUGUUCGUUUUAUCAUUUUGCAGCAAACGCUACUUGAUAGUGACACAGUGGAGGGAGCCAUGUUGGUCUCCGCGGAGGUCCACGGGAGUUGUAGUCCUUCACCGCGUUUCUCGCGCGUCACCAGCUUGAGUUUAAACUACAAAUCCCCGUGUGUCGAGCGUAAAGGCUUCCGGGUUACCACAGCAGAUUUCCGGGGUGAUAUUUGGCGGGAUUUCUUCUCGAGCUAUAAGGUAGCUGGUGUUGUUUUGUCUUUUAAACACGUCGCUUCAAAAUGAUGGCUACGAACGGAAAGGUUUUGAGUGACGGUGGUGCUUCUCACUCAGCUAUGAAUGGAAGCACCACAACGGACGGUACCAAGCUACUGACGAAAGAAGCCGGUGCGCCGGUGGAGCGCUUCACCUUCAGCCGAGAGCCCACCGUGGAGGACAUCCGACGCAUGCAAGCGGAGUUCACCGACGAGCGCGACUGGAACCAGUUCCACCAGCCCCGCAACCUGCUCCUGGCCUUGGUCGGCGAGGUAGGCGAGGUGUCGGAGCUGUUCCAGUGGAAGGGCGAGGUGGCAGAGGGCCUGCCGGACUGGAGCGAGACCGAGCGGGAGCAGCUCGCCCACGAACUCAGUGACGUGUUCAUCUACCUUGUGGAGCUCGCCGAGAAGUGCCGAGUGGAUCUUCCCCAGGCCGUGCUGCGCAAAAUGGUCCUAAACAGACUCAAGUACCCCGCUAGCAAGGUGCACGGCUCGGCCAAGAAGUACACGGAAUAUAAAGACUGAACUUACAAAGCUGGACUUUGGUGGAGGCGAUCAUGUCGUUAGGUGCUCGUAGCGAUUCUAUUUUUAUUUUUAACUUCAUUUGGGUUCUUUUAUUUGCUUCAACGACACCUUGUUUAGUCCCGCAAAGUGACUUUCACCCACUAUUUACUUUUGAACAAUUCUUGUCAUGUCCUUUUAAAAAACGUCUUCUAAUGUGUCUUAUUGUUAACAUCACUGACGUGUAAACAACUUUUUCUUGUGCUUCUCCCAGAAGUCACAACCAAAUCAAAGUAAAAGUUUCUUUAAACUCUGCCUUUUUCCCCCAUUUAUUCAAUCGUAUGUAAAUACUUGGUUUUCUAUCCAUGCUGUGAGCAUGUAGUAACAGGUACAGUACAUUCAUGCAGUAUUUUGGGAGAUUUCACAUAGCAACACAGAAAGGAACGCUACACCUAGCGUCAAAACCAAAAACACGGCAGCUCCAAUAUGUGUGGUGUGGCGAGGUGUCACUACGCCAGUAAUUGUAG